AUGAAGAAAUAAAGAUCAAGAAAGAGUUUUUCAUUAAAUGAUUCCAUUGAUGAGGAUAGAAGAAAGGAAGAGAUAAUUCAAAAGCUGCUGGAAAGUAGCACAAAUCUAUAGCCUAAGAAAUUGGCUACGAUCAAAUUCGAUUUGGAAGAAAACGAAAUGCCAGUUGUAGAAUAACAACCAGAAAAUGUAAAAUAGAAGAAUUAAUUUACUAUUGAAUAUUUGACUCCAUCUGUUGUCAAAAAUAACUUGGAUAUGGUUAAAGAAAACCUUCACAUCGUUAUUGAAGAAAGAAUGGAAGAUUCAAAAUUUCUCAACUGGUCCACAUUGAUCAUAGAAUUCAUCAAGGUACUCGCAUUUUUCAAUGUUCUCUUUCAAUAAACAUGUUCAGGCUCCUUUAGUGCAUGGUUUUAUAUGAUGUUUGCACAUGAUGUAAAUUGA